UGGGUGAGGGGCUCCUCCUGGAGCUCAGCGCCUCCCAGAGCAGCGACCCCUCUAUGACCCCCACCCGGAGCUCCGCUGCCUAUUGUCCAAAAAGUCCGCCAAAAACCAGCGUGGGCCGCUUCAGGACCGCCCCAUGCGCUCUGUGGUUAUAUAAUGAAGGGGCCUGAGAAAAACAAGCCACUCAUCCUGCCUUUUCAGUUCAGCCCAUGACACCAUGUUUGCUUCAGUAGUCCUGCUAGGGCUCCUUCUGGUCUUCAUCUUCCUUAAACUCACAUCCUGGAGACCCAAGAACUUCCCCCCAGGACCCCCUGCCCUGCCGAUAGUGGGGAGCAUUCUGCACCUGAACCUAGAGAACCCCCUGAAGGACUUCCAGAGGCUGAGGAAGACUUAUGGAGAUGUCUACAGUCUGUUCUUCGGUCUCAGACCAGCUGUAGUCAUCAAUGGGAUGAAGGCCAUAAAGGAGGCUAUGUUGACCAAGGGUGUGGAUUUUGCUGGAAGACCCCAGGGCAUGUAUGUCAAUGAUGUCACUCAACAGAAAGGAAUACUUCUGGCAGAUUACGGCUCUGGUUGGAGGGAACAGCGUCGCUUUACUCUGAUGACCUUGAGGAACUUUGGUCUGGGGAAGAACUCAAUGGAGGAGAGGAUUCAUGCAGAGUUAGAGUACAUCAUGGACCAACUGGAUGAGAGCGUUGGUAAAUCCUUCAGUCCUCAGGUUAUGUUCCACAAUGCAUCCUCCAACAUCAUCUGCCAGGUUCUGUUUGGAAAACGCUACGAGUAUGAUGAUGAUUUCAUCAAAGUGAUCGUUCAAUGUUUUACUGAGAACGGCAAGCUGGCCAAUGGACCAUGGGCUAUGCUGUACGACACUUUUCCCCUGAUUCGUGGCCUGCCACUGCCCUUCAAAAAGGGAUUUAAGAAUCUUUACACUUGCCUGAAUCUCGCAGCUGGUUUGGUGAAAGAACACAAGAAGACCAGAGAUCCUGGAGAGCCUCGAGACCUUGUUGACUGCUAUCUGGAUGAACUGGAUAAGACACGCAAGGAUGGUUCUUUCCUUUCGGAAGACCGACUGUUGAUGCAUACUCUGGAUCUGCACUUUGCUGGGACUGACACUACCUCCAACACCCUGCUGACUGGUUUCCUCUAUCUAUCCACCUUCUCACACAUACAGGAGCGCUGUCAGCAGGAGAUAGACAGUGUGUUGGGAGGGAAGGAUAAGGCCAGCUUUGACGACAGACACAACAUGCCUUAUGUGCAGGCUGUGAUCCAUGAAGUGCAGAGAGUAGCCAACACUGUUCCCCUCAGCAUCCCCCACUGUACCACCAAGGACACGGAGCUCAUGGGAUAUUCCAUUCCCAAGGGUACUCUGAUCCUCUCUAACCUGACCUCAGUGCUGAGCGAGGAGGGACAGUGGAAAUAUCCCAAUGAAUUCAACCCUGAGAACUUCCUCAAUGACCAGGGAGAGUUUGUGAAGCCAGAGGCCUUCAUGCCUUUCUCUGCAGGUCCUCGAGUGUGUCUUGGAGAGGGUCUGGCUCGCAUGGAGCUCUUCCUCAUCAUUGUGACUAUGCUGAGGAAGUUUAAGUUCACCUGGCCUGAGGAUGCAGGAGAACCAGACUACACUCCGGUCUACGGAGUCACUCUGACUCCUAAACCUUAUCACAUGAAAAUCCAACUCAGGGAGACGCAGUAAGGCCACUUCUAAUGGUAAAUAAUGUAGUGAACUUUAGGGCAUCAGACAACAACCAACCAAUAUAUUCCAACCAACCAGUGCCUUUUUUUGUCACUAUACGCAUGUACAAUGGGGUUAAAAGAUGACUCCAAAAGCAGUGCGACAAUAAAUAAAAUGUAUAUAAAAUAUAAAAAUAUAGAAUAUAAACCAACAUGGUCUCACAGGAAUCCGUGAAAUAGCCACAGAUUUCGUUUAACUCAAAAUCCGUGGAAUAGCCACGGAAUCGCUCAAAUUUCCGUGAAACUGACACGGAUUUCGCUACAAUGCAAGU